CCCUGCAGUUGUUGACUCAAGUGGGAGGGGACUUUCUAGGGAGCUGUCUCUGCUGGGAUUUAGACAAGGAGAUUUCCCAUGUCUGCAGAUACCAAGUGCAUAGUAUGUGCACAGGCUUGGUUUCCGUUUGCCUUGGGUUUCUGUGACUGUAUUCCCUGUUGGUGCAUGUUUCCCUGUCUUAUUCCUAUCCUCCCUAGCACCAACAAUGGAGCUCCCCUCAGUUGUUUUUGAACGUGCAGGCUGAACCUAGAUACGUGCAGGGCAGCAAGUUGUGCUCAACAUGUCGCGACCACUCAAGAAACCUCGAGCAGUCUUCCCUGAGGAAGAAUAUGUCUUGGAAGAUAGUGAUAGUGAUACAGAAGAUGACGAAAUGAUAGGCAAGAAUGUGAAUGUGGAAUUUGAAGGCUUCCAGGCAAGUGAUAAUGACUUCCAUGGUAUUAAGAGGCUGCUGGAGCAAAACUUUCGAGGCUUAAAAGUUGACGUCUCAGGCAUUGCUGAUACUAUUAUUUCUCAAAAUUAUGUUGGCUCUGUUAUUAAGGAGAGUAUUGCAAGCUUUGAAUAUUGUGUCAAGGGUGAAGCUAGUGUGUCAGGCAUCUGGGAUGAUGAUGAUGAUGAUGAUGAUCGAUACACUCCAUAUCGCCGGGUACUUAUUCUCAAUGCAUUACGUAUGCCAGAGAUAAUUGCUAAGGUCAAACAAGCAAUUUAACAAAAAUAAAAUAUGUAAGUUCA